AUGUUUCGGCUUCUCAUUUUCGCCCUUGUCGGGCUCGCGUUGGUAUCCGCCGAAUGUCAGAUGAGGGAUAAGCUGAUCGGUGGCAGCUGCUUCAAAUUUGUUGCCUCCAAAAUGACAUACAACGAUGCUUCGGAUUACUGUAGAAGAUCCGGAAUGAAUCUGGCGGUGCUUCGCUCGAUGGUCCAGGACAAUUUUCUAGCAUCUUUUGCUUCUUCAUACUUCCCCGAUGAGGUGACCGAAUUCUGGAUUGGAUUGAGCCAACCGGCUAAUGGUGGUCCGUUCAUAUGGAGCGAUGGCAGAUAUCCGAAUGGAAAUGGAUUUGUCGCUGAGAGCAUGCAGGAUGGCACAUGGAUCACCAUAUCGAGCGACAACCGCCGCUGCUUUCUUUGCAGCUAUCCGAAUGGCUAUCCUCCGGACCUUAGUACUACUUAUGAUCCAUGGGACAGGACCACUUCCAGCUAUCCUCCGGACCUUAGUACUACUUAUGAUCCAUGGGACAGGACCACUUCCAGCUAUCCUCCGGACCUUAGUACUACUUAUGAUCCAUGGGACAGGACCACUACUUCCAGCUAUCCAUGGGACAGCACCACUACGCUCCCACGAAAAGGUGAAAUGCUUAAAGUUGUACUCGUUGCCCUUAUUGGAGCAUCAUUUGUCGCAUCGGACUGCCUUCCGAAGGACAAACUCAUUGGGAACACAUGCUUCCAAUUCAUCAAUGCUAAGAAGAAUUUCUUCGAUGCCAGUGAAUAUUGCAAGAAUUCCAUCAAUGGUGGAUCAUUGGCGAUCCUUCAGAAUGCGAUCCAGAAUAAUUUUUUGGCGUCGUUUGCGCCAUCGUACUUCUCAGACAGCGAAUCGGAAUUCUGGAUCGGAUUGAGCCGCUAUGAUUCGUCAUCGCCAUUCCGCUGGAACAAUUUCAGCCCGUUGACUUUCACCAACUUCCAGCCAGGCUAUCCGAACGGGAACAACUUCGUCGCGGAGAGCAUGAGAAAUGCGAAAUGGAUCACAUUGGCCGAGGACAAAACUCUGCAAUUUGUGUGCAGUUAUAGCGCCGAUUCGCCGGUCACAGAUCUACGCACUCAGCGAUUCGAAAAGGUUCCGCGGCUUUUUUACCCCUACCAGUACGACACUCCAAUAACGCGUCGCCCUCAAUUUAGCGUGUCGGGCUUAACAGUGAGACACUUUUGUAUCGACUAA